AUGGCUUUAGUGAUGCUACCCUGUGAUUUGCCAUGGUGGCCAGCCGUGGUGAAACAACUGGAUCGCGCGGCGGCUGCCAGAAAUUCCGAGAAUCUCGUGGAAGCGAUGCAACGAUUGCACGACAUGUGCAAAUACGAGGAACAAUGCAUAUUGAAAAGUAUAAGCCUCGAUCCCGAAGAAGACACGCAAGAUCCCGAAUUGUUUUCCGGAUUGGCGUCGUUCCUCGACACCGAUCUCGCACCAACGGAACGGGAACAUGUGCUCGCGAAGACGAUCCCGCGGAUGGUGGACAGAGCGAAAGCAUUGAGGUCUUGCAAACCUCCGCAAGGUUUGCACUUCAGUCUUCAACAGCAAGGUGACUGCGUCGAAUACAGCUACGGAUUCGUUUCGUCUUUAAUCGCCAAUGCGUUCUUCUCGACGUACCCGAAGAGGACCGCGAAGACUCAUCCGACCUUGCGCGACUUUAAUUUCACCAACUUCUUCAAGCACCUUCGCAAUAACGGACAGAAGGCAAAGCUGAAAAGUAUAUUUCACUACUACGACUACCUGGAGACUGAGAACGCGUUGGACGGGAAGUUGGUCGUCUCCAGACAGGUGAUGACGUCCAAACAGUGGUUGACUAUCGAGGACUGGCUGGAAAGCAACGUUCCUCUUUGUCCGCUGAUGAUACGCCACGAGGGUCGGUUGGAGAGAGUGGAACCCGAGACAAAAGUAUUGCGCGUUUGCUUCGCGAGCGCGAAGUUUGGCGGCGGCGUGCUCGAUGGUGAUGUUACGCAAGAAACUGUACAUAUAGUAACGCAUCCCGAAAUGCUCGCAGCGAUUCUGUCGGUCGAGGCUUUAGAGGACAACGAAGCAUUAGUGGUCGAAGGCGUUAGGCACGUAUCUAGAAUAAAUGAUCCUCGGAAUAGAGCCACGUUCGAAGCUUUGCCGAAACCGAACAUCGUGACAGUUUGCUGCAUCGAUCCCGAGGAUUACUCGAGAUUACCGUUGGCACAAUUCGAAGAGGAUAAUGUACUCCGUGAAAUGAACAAGUCUCUGCUGGGAUUUCGGCAGAGAUACGUGCCGAGCAGUCCAACCGAUCCCGUCGGACGGUCCGAAGCAGAUCCGGACGGUGGGCUAAGUUCUCGCAGAUUGUCACCGAUCGGCGAAAGCUUUAGCAGUACUCCCCCGGAAAUGGAUGUCGAUGACAAAGCUUUGUCCACGAAGCAUGCGAAAUCCGUGUCGAACGAGCAUAACUCGAUGGAAGUUCGUACCAGACCAAACGGAAAGUCCGCCAGGCCAUCGAGUCCACACAAGACCUGCAAAGAUCCGAGCUGCACGAACAGAAGAAAUAGGUUUAUCGUACUCGGGUCCAGCGGAGAAAUUCUGCCGGUUACACGGAAGUCGCUUGGUCAGAUGUCGGUUUACAGUAGCUGCAACAGUCAAAGCACGGACAGUUUUCACAGCGCCAAAGACACGAUAGAAGAAGAUCCUGAGGAUGAAGAACAGAAAUUAAGUAGACGAUACAGCGGCCAGUUGGACACCCCGGAAAGAAGAGGAACGUUCGCUCAGCGUCUGAGGGACGCUUUGAAACGCGAGAGCACCGCCACCUGUGCAACUUCCUCGAAUACAUCGUCCGGCGAGAGUAGUUACGCGGUAGGGAUAAGCGUGUCUGGAAGUCACGUUUACGAUCAGGACAUUAAGGUUAAACGGGGUGGCUCGAGAGGUUUCGUUCUAAGGGACGAAACCGUGGACGAAGAGUUCCUAAAGGAAUCGUUGGAAGCGGAACAGAAGUGGCUAGGUAGAUUCCGACAGAAUCAAUCCGCGCUCCAAAGAAGGGACACCAGCGCCAGUAGUAGAUACAGUUUCAGCACCGAAUAUAAUUCCGAUUUUUGUUCGGAGCUCGAGGAAGUUUACGAGCAACUAGCAAAAUGGUUAGAAGAUCCCAUAGCGGCCGACGAGUCCCGUGAAUUAGAUGCGAGAGACAGGGCGGUAGUUAGAUUCGCGGGCUCGUUGUUAAAGAGAGCCCUCAGCGAGUCGUUCGCCGGCGUUCCGGUUCAGGAGGGUGAACCUCAGCCCCUCGUUGAUUCUGUCGACGUAAAUCAAAGGCACAAGUUAGCUUUGGCCGUGAGAAGUUUGAGUUUAGAGCUAGCCCGCCAAAAAAAUAGGAGACAGCAAUCAGUCUCAGAGUCUGCAGAUGUAGAGUAUUACGAAGACGCUUUAAGUAAUCAUACGAUAUCGAAAGAGGUAAAGGAUAUCCAACGUAAAAAGCUUAGGACGGUAACAUUCACAUCCGAAGUUUUUCAAACAUUGGUCGACGAUGAAACGACCGUGUGUCUGUCUAAUCCUGUUUCUUUAAGUACAUCUGGAACCAUAAAGGAUAAACUUGCGCAAGAAUUCGAAUCGCAUGUUACAUUUAACAUACCGCGAGACAGUAGCCCACAAACCGGUGGAUUAUUAUCCGUUGCUACUGGAAACUGGGGAUGCGGGUCUCGAUUAAAAGGGGAUCCCCAGUUAAAGCUUGUUAUCCAAUGGCUUGCCGCUUCUCUGGCGGGAGUACCAAAAUUGAUCUAUUACACAGCAGGAAAUCCCAGAUUAUCGAAGUUAGAUACCGUGAGCAGAGUUCUUAUGGACAGGCAUUGGUCCGUUGGUGAUUUAGCCGCUGCAACGAUAAGAUUUUCCUUGCAAACUAUAGAAGACAGAAUGGAGAGAAGGAAUACAUUAUUCGAGGAAAUAAUCGGUAUGGAUAAACCAAGUCCUUAG